AUGGACAUUUCGUCAUUACGAACUUUAAUUGUUGACAACUAUGAUUCAUACACAUUUAACUUGCUUCAACUAUGGGGUAGCGAAGAAAGUGCCAAAAACGUGGUUGUGAUCAGAAAUGACCAAUUUUCAUGGACAAAGUUUAAGAACAAUAUACUUCCAUACUUCGACAAUAUUAUUAUAUCACCAGGACCAGGUAGUCCGAAGAAUGCUUCUGAUUUUGGUAUAUGUGCAAAAAUCCUUGAAUUGGACGAUAUUCCAAUUCUAGGUGUGUGUUUAGGACAUCAAGGUAUUAGCGUUGCUUUCGGUGCUGAAAUUAUAAAUGCUAAAAGGAUAAUGCAUGGAAGAACAAGUCCUAUUUAUCAUGACGGAACAUAUGAUGAAACGUCUUUAUUCCUAGGCAUACCGAGUCCAUUUUGUGCUGUUAGAUACCAUAGUUUGGUGGUCGAUAAUAAGAAUCUGCCUCAGCAAUUAAAAAUUUCAGCUUGGUGUUCCGAAAACGACUAUGAUUUGCAGGAAAGACCUCUCGGCAAUAAAUCGCCUCUUAAAGAAUUGAGUACAAUUAUGAGCUUGAAGCAUUUAUCUAAACCAAUUUUUGGCGUUCAAUUUCAUCCAGAGGCAUGGUUUGUUCAAAUUUUAAUGAUUGCUAAAGAUUUUAAUAUUUUUCUAGUAUUAACUGACGUGACUUAUUUUCCUACUAGUCUAUUUCGUGGAGUUUUGUUUCCAAGACCUACUCUUCCGCCAUCUAUUACGUCACUUUCAAUGGUCCCUAUAAGUGUUCAUUCACCUAAAUCAUCAAUAUCGAAUACUGGUCCCAAGCACAUUCUCAUAAUGAAGGAACUUGAUAAAGAUAUUUGGGUCGAAUCAUCAAUAGUCUUUAAGCAUAUUAUUUCUUCUGAUAAAUCCAUUACAGGAAAAUGGUGGUUGGAUAGCUCAAGGCAACCAGAUCUGCAAAGUAAAUUUUCAUACAUGGGUUCGACACCGGCCGUAUCAAAUUCAUUUUCGACGUCAUAUUCUAUACAUAAUAAAACAUUAUCAAUUACAUACUCAGACGGUACAUUGGCAUCGAAAAAACUUGCAGAUGAUCAAACGUUUUGGAAUUGGAUGUCUGAUAUAAUAUCAUAUUUUAAUCAGCGUAUUGCUGGGUUACGGAUAUUGAAUAAUAACGGUAAUCUUGAAAAUAUUAGACAUAGAUUGCCUUUUGAUUUUCGAUUGGGAAUGGUGGGUUACUUUGGCUAUGAAAUGAAACUAGAAUCAAUGCCUAAAUGUACUUUGUCAAAAGAAUAUCUGGGUCAUUCCUUUGCAUGUAAAAGUCCAGACGCAGCAUUUAUUUUCGCAACUCAGGCCAUAAUAUUUGACCAUAUCGAAAAGCGCAUGUGGGUUGCCGGAUUGGUACGCCUUGAUGACUGCGAUGUUCCUGCUUCACAGAAUUCUCUAGAUGUUGAUAGAUUAUAUAGAAUUACUGGAUUUUCAUAUUCAGAUUUUAUAUCAUGGGUUACGUCUAUCGAAAAGCAAUUACGCAUCUUUAAUGCUAAACCCCCCAUAGUAUCGAUUAAUAGCAAUUAUAGGCAUCCACCCUCUACUACAAUUCAACCUCCUUUUGUUCCCGAUUUGACAUCCGAUUCCUACAUAAAAGCAAUCGAAAAGUCGCGUCAAUAUAUUUACGAAGGUCAAUGCUAUGAAAUUUGUCUUACCACACAAAUUCGAACUUCGUUACAAAGUAGACUCAAUGAUAUUUACGAACUUUAUGAGCGCAUCAGAACGGAUAACCCUGCGCCAUUUUCAGCAUUUCUCCAUUUUCCAACAGAGGAUGUAGCUGUAUUAAGUUCAUCUCCUGAAAAAUUCGUUCAAAUAAAUAAUGAAGGAAUUGUGGAAAUGAAACCAAUUAAAGGAACUCUUGCGAGAGCAAAAGGUUGUUUUUGUUCGCAAAUAAAAUGUGAUAAUGGUUCACGAUGUGAAGAAAUUAGGGAAAAAGAAGAUGCGAGGAGAAAAGAUGUUCUUGAAGGAGACAAAAAAGAGCGUGCUGAGAACCUAAUGAUAGUUGAUCUGAUUCGCAAUGAUUUGGCGCAAAUAUGUCCGCCACAUACUGUAAAAGUUCCUGAUUUAAUGAAAGUAGAAUCCUAUGAAACUGUUCAUCAACUUGUGACCACUGUUCGUGGAAAAUUAAGAGAUGACUUAGAUUGUGUUAAAGCUGUACAGCGUUGUUUCCCACCAGGAUAUUUGUCUUUGCAAGAUGGAUAUCAGAGAGGCACAACUCAAUUUAGCGUCAUUAUAAGAACUGUUGUUGUUUGUGAUGGAACCGAUCUAUCCAUUGGAGCUGGCGGCGCGAUUGUCCAUCUUUCAGAUCCAAAAUCUGAAUGGCAAGAAGUUGUAUUAAAGUCGCAAUCUGUUUUACCAAG